AUGCAGACAAUCAAGAACACAAUUGGUGAGAACUUCGGUGGUGCGGCUCAAGGAUUGAGCACACAUCAGUUCAGCCUGGAUGAGGUUCCCGACUUGACGGGCAAAGUCGCUGUCGUGACGGGCGGCAGCGAAGGCAUCGGAUAUGGAUGCACCUAUACGCUUCUGAAGCACAACAUAUCGAAGCUGUACGUCCUAUCUAUAGACGAAGAGAUCGUAAACAGCGCCAAAGGAGCCAUUGGCAAGGAGAUUGGCCAGGAAGCUGCGAACAAAACGCACUGGCUCCAAUGCGACUUAUCGGACUGGAAGGGGGUGAAAGAUAUCGCCGAGCAAAUCAAAAAGGAAAACGAACGACUCGAUAUCCUAAUAAACAACGCUGGCCGAGGUAUCAUGACCUACCAGUUAAGUGACCAAGGUGUCGACCUACAUAUGGCAGUCAACCAUAUGGGACAUGUUGUUCUCACGUCGCACUUACUCCCGUUGAUGAAAAAGACAGCGGAAGGAGGUACCGUGGUAAGAAUAGUCAAUCUGGCCAGCAAUGCACAUCAAGGUGCUCCGAGUGAUACGAAAUUCGAGGACCUUGAGGAAAUCAACCGGGAUCUCGGGCCCAACGGCCAAUAUGGUCGAAGCAAACUUGCGGCGAUCCUCUACUCAAGAUACUUUGACCGCAAUGUCACCCAGAACGGCCACCCAAACAUUGUCAUGAACGCAACUCAUCCCGGCGUUGUAAGCACGAGACAAAGCAAAGAGCAUAUCCACGAGCCUUAUCCUCUUGGUGGGUAUGCCGUGUCGGUACUUAUGGAGCCUUUCAAGAAAAAUCAGUUCGAGGGCUGUGUGUCGUCCGUCUUUGCAGCAACAUACACGGACAAGUCAGGGCAGUAUAUUUGCCCGCCAUGUGUUCCAGAGGCUGGCAGUGAAAUGUCUCAAGACGACGCUCUCGGAGAUCGGCUGAUGGCUCUUACAAGAAAGAUUUCAACCACAGCGCCUGCCAAGUCAGAGUACUGCGCUCCGUUAGCGAUCAAGUUAGCGAACGGAAAAGCGGCAGCAGCCGGCAAAAUUGGAGCCGAUCCACCCCCAACUUUGGAGCUCUCUCAGCACAAGCUUCCAAGGUUAACGCCUCGGCGCAACAGUCCGGCGCAAUGGACCUCGCAUCUCCGACAAAUCAGCAGGACGAGCUUCGAUAAGACGCCGCUCGACUCACCGCGAUCGCCGGAUACUGUCUCCAGCGUGUCCACCGUCCGAGAGGCCCCGCCCGCCAAGCGAGUUCUCGAGCGCACCUGUACCGUGUCCAUCAACGAGUCCGUCAUUGGUGAAGAGGUUCUGCUGAACCUCGAACUGCUCGGCGGUGGCAUCACACCAGGCAGUCUCAUGUCGGUAACGCCCAUCAGAUCCGACCAAGAUCGCUCCUCCAGCGUCAAUUACGGAUCCUUGCGACCCGCCAACGUCCAUCGCGCCCUCUCGGCCCAGCAUGACGAGCUCCAUAGACAGGGCGGCGAAAGCGCAAGACGAUACAUUUUCGUGGUGAAAGAUGUCCCUAAAGAGCUUAAGGCUCGGCAGCCCGGCGUUGAAGUCUACGUUGCAAAGCACAUCGGAGAUACGUUUGGUAUGAAGAGAGGCACCACCGUUGUCUUGGCCCCAGUCGACGAAGUGGCGCCGGCCACGGAAGCCUCACACGUAGAGCUUUCAUUUAGGGAUAUGUACCUGUCUCGCGCCGACAUGUGGAGGCUCGCAGUCGCUGAACUCGUGGACAAGACGGUCUACAAGGGCCAAGUGGUGUAUUUCAUGGGCACCAUCAAGGCGACCGUCACAUCAGUUUUCGUGGACGGUCGCAAAGUCCAGUCGGCCUUCUUCUGUCACAAUACCCGUCCCAUAUUCAGGAGCGAGUCUGCUCGCUAUGUUCUGUUCAUCCAGAUGGCGCGCGAGAUGUGGGAUUUCGAUCCGGAUGAUUCGGGUGAGAUCAUGUUUCAAAAAGUCGUCAAUGGUUUCUUGCCGGCGUUGUUCAAGAAGUGGGCCAUGCUUCAAGUUAAGCACCUUGUGAGCAUUGUGCUUUUCGCUAGAGUUGAGUACGAUACCGGUCUGACCACGGACCUUGCGAGCAAUGAGGUCAUGAACGACUACUAUACUGGUUACCAGACAUCGGGAGACAAGCGCCCUUACAAGGACUUCUACCGCGUUGUGGUGAGUGAAAUGUCUAGUGGAGAAUGGACAACAAUUUUGCACCAACUGAAAAAGGAGUUCAACGCAUUCCGCAAGGACAUUAGUCUUCACCAUCAAGAUGCCAUGAGCGCUGCCAUGAACCUCCCGGACGAUGCCAUUGAUAAGGCCAACGAAGCCACUAAGAUCAAAGCCGAGUCAUCCUGCGCCAUGUAUGGCAAUUUUCUUGAGGCCAUCAACCUGGCUUCAUCACAGUAUGCCCAUGACUACAUUGAUAGAGAUCUACUGCGAACCGGAAUCUCCAUUGUGGUUAUUAGCCCAGGUUCGGGCGUUUUCGAAGUCGAGUACGAAAACCUCCGAAGAACUACCGAGGCUCUUGUCGGCAAUGGAAUCGGCAUUGAUUUAAUCUGUAUCCCUAAAAUCCCGCUCCACUCUGUGCCACUCUUUCGGUACAGGAACCCUCUUUUUAUAGAGGCAAACCAACGGUCCCGCUCGGUACGGAGUCGCGACAGUACUCCAAAGGUACCAACACCCUUGGUCGGCAGCUAUACCACAUUAGGGGAAUCUCUGUCUCCAACCAAAGCUAGUGACGGCACAGUUCGCAUUGAGCCGCUCACAAAGCUUUAUACCGAUGAGUGGGCAUUUGCGCUACCACAAUGGCUGCAUGUCUCGUACUGGACCGGGCAGUCUGAAGAGGCUCUCUCAUACCAGGGCAUAUCGCUUUCAGCGUCGGAACAGACCAACCAAGACUCCCAAGAAAACUUCACCAUUCGCUGUAGAUUGUAUGAGCUGCAAAUGCGGAGUGUGCUUGAGAACAACGAGAUCGAGACAACGCCACUUUAUGCAGAUCCCAAAUUCCCGCAGAAAGCACUCGGCGUAGAUACCACAAAGCACUCUCAUGAAAGCUCUCUCAAGUCUUCCAUGGCUCUUAGGGCCAGGGGCAUAGAUAGCCUCUAUGAGCCUGUCUAUGGGUUCCAAAAGUUCAAUCCUGAUAAAUUCACAAAAUCUGGUGAAACGUCUAUUUGGAAACAGCUGCAGGCAUUUGACGACCAUCGUUCGCGUCUCCCGAAAUCUCGUAUUGUUUUGUCGGCUUCCCGGUCGGCCAGAAAUUUAGAAGAGGUAACCAGAAAACAUUUGAAGGAGGACACCUCCUUAUUUGGGUCCUCGGUUGGCGAUAAGAAGGCUGGCAAUCCAUCCGCCAAUUUUUCUUCCAGUCUUGCAUCGAUAAGCCGAACGGAGAGUACGCCGUCCGAUACAGCAGUAUCCAGCAGGAGAGACUCUGCGGCCUCGGCUUCUCACUACAGACUCAUGCCUAAUAUCAAGAUGCCUAAACUGAUGAGGCAGAUAAGCUUGGGGCAAAAAGGCUUUGGAAUUGCAGCUCCGAAAGCUGCUGUCGCCGAGAUCAAGGCAGAAAAUGUCAAUGCCUUACAUGCUGGUCUGCAAGCACCGACAGCCUCGAAAACUUCUCAACAGACUCCGAGAAAGCCAACUGCCGAGCCAAGAUCUCCGCAGCUCAUCGCCACAGGGCGGCCGGUUCGAACCUUCGAUCAAGCGAAGUCGAAUCUGUCUGGCCAGCUUCAAGAUCUAGUGCAGGGCACACCAAGCAGGCCAAUAUACAUAAAACCGACAUCUAAUAUGGAUUCCAUCCCCCAGCUUAAGUCUGGGUCAAAUUUGGCAAGUGGUUCAGUUACGGCCACGCCUGCACCAAGAACCUCUCGACAGCAGGUGGACCAGGAUCAAAAGUUUUCCGACAUGUUACGAGCUGAUGACGCUCAAAGAGUUUUCACGUCGAAAUUGCUGGCUGGGGCGGUGCCGGAGCUGCCCUCCACCCUUUCACCUAGUACAGCAAUGGCUCCAUGGCUAGUUGUGCUUAACCCCUCAAAUCCUAGUGUCAACAAAGUUGACGAUGCAGUUCUCUAUAGCAGAUGGCAACAUGUGUUCCCUCGUCCGUCAGACAUGAAAGUCAUGAAGUGGAAGUCUUUAUCCUCUCCCGCCGCUGUUCCCCUUACUACCGAACAUUUUCCUUCCAAGCUUCAAUUUGAUACCGAAUACCAGAGACAACCAUACAAUAUUUCGCAGGAUGUUGAUGAUGAUCUAGCUGAGCAGCCCAAGUCCAGAGAAGAUUUUCUGAGAGACCUUAUCAGUGCGCGAUUUGCGCAUGGCUUCCAAGUGGUGAUCGGUUCGACCGUGGCCAGAGCAUUUGGGCAGAAACUUAUGAAAAUCGCCGAUAUCUUCUCACGAGACCGUAUCGUGGAAGACGGAACGAGCCUCUUCAUGAGCAUUGGAAAUACUAUACAUCAGCUCUCGUGUGUUAAUGGCACCGAAGUUGAGGUGACUAUUUUCUUACGCAAACCUACCGAAUCAUUCCUGCCUGCCGAUCAACCACCACCGAUCUACAAACCAGCAAUCCGUACCACAUACCAUACAGCGUACGAGCAACGAGAAAUUGACAUCAUAACGCCAAAGCCCGAGAAGAACUGGAACUACAUAGAUUCCUAUCUGGCAGGGCACUUUGAGGAAAUGACAGAGAAUCUGCGGUUCUGGCGCACACGAUUUGUGCUGAUCCCAAUGAAUUCGAGGGCAUCAAUGUCCAAAUCUCAUAUUGGUGCAGACAAUGAGGAGGAGAUUCGCCUAGAAGGCAUCAAACGCUUAGCUCAGGCUUGGCAGCGCCAUCGUUAUUUCCCACCAUCUGAGCGACAUUUCCAAAGUGCUGGCCGAAAGGCGAGAGAUCCCAAUCCUCUUGAUAUUGUGUACAAGACAGAAGAUCCAUCUGUGGUCGUCACAGCUGAAAUGGAGACAUUGCCCUUUUUUGAAACCCUGGACCCCUCGGCCCGCAAAGGUUUGGUUUCCGACAGAGAGCGCUUCUCGAAAUCCAACUUCAACAUCUCAACUCUUGCCGAGGCAAUUCAACAGCCAGUAGACCAAGGUGGAAUUCGAAUGCAGAAUCGAAGGUGGCACUUACGACUCCACUACAACUGCUUUAUUGGAUCUGACAUGACUACAUGGCUAUUAGACAACUUUGAAGACCUCGAAAGUCGAGAAGAAGCCAUUGAACUUGGCGAGGCUCUCAUGACUUACGAAGACGAGAAGUCAAGAGAGAGAGAAUUUGGGAGAGAAGCGAGGAAGGAUCGUGAGCGCGGCAUUUUUGUCCACGUUGAGCGGCGGCACAAAUUCCGCGACGGCCAAUACUUUUACCAGAUCGCCAGCGACUAUGCUAAGCCUCAACCUCCAAGUUGGCUCAACACGAGAAGGCGAGCAGACCACUCUGUGCCUCCUACGCCAUCUGUUGAGUCAGGGCCCAAAGACUCACCGCGAUAUUCGCUCAAUCCUGUAUCCAGGCCUAUUUCUAUCAACGAGGAAGCAUCACCUAGUUCCGGAGCUACUACGCCAACUAUUCCCUUGCUCAGUGGCAGAAAACCAAAGGUUUCACUAAGUAAGGUCAUGAAGUAUGACGUAGACCAUCGAAAAAGAUCAUACAGACCUGAGCGGAUUAACUUGCACUAUGACCGUCUGCAUAAUCCCGACAACUGCUAUCAUAUCCGUAUAGACUGGAUGAGUGUAACGGCAAAGCUCAUCGAGGAUGCUAUCAAGGGCUGGGCAACGCUUGCCGCACAGCACGGUCUCCGUCUCGUUGAAGUGCCCAUUCGUGAGGCAUGCCUGAUCACUGACCAGACUCCUUUUAGGAGGCCUUAUCGCAUCAAACUUGCAUUGCCGCCGCCCAGCCAAAGACCAGUCACAUAUUACGAUCCCAACUCAUUUUCUGCGCAAACCCAGCCGGGAAAGCAUUACUACCAGAAGGCGCUCUUGCGAAGGUUCGAUUUUGUCCUCGAUGUGGAGGCUGCCUCGAACUUUCCGAGCAAUGUGGAUGUCAGUUACUCAUGGGGCAAACCUGACUUCAAGUACACACAAUAUAUCCACCGCACUGGGAUGCUUUUAGUAGAGAUCACAGACGAUGGUGAGUUGCUAUGCCUGGUCAACAGACUCUACAGCAACAGAGCAGUGUCUGUUCAACAGCAGGCCCCACAACGUACAGAGCCACCUACAAACGAUCGAGUAGCACGUCUCAUGACUACUGGGUCGUACACUAGCUACGGAAUGGCUGAGCCGACGCCCAUUGCAAGUCCAAUGUUCCGACCAGUUCUCUUCUCAGCGCACUCAACGGCAGCUAGAGAUCCUCCACCAUCAAUGCCUUCACACAUGUCGCCCCGACUCUGCGCGACAAAGCCGACACCAACGCACAAUCCACACCUAACGACGGGUGAGGCCGAAGCACUUGUAGACGCGCUGGAGAGCUUCUGCUCCAGUGAGGAAACCCUCGAGGGUUUCUACAAGGAGGCCCUCGAAUGGGGAGCAAACGCAGCGACGCCUGCCAGCAGCGCGCAUGGCGACCACGAGUCGGUGCCCGAGGCGGGUAUCCCGGUGCUGGGGCUGCCUCCCGGUAUUCUAGCAAAUGAGCACCAAGCUGCGACCACUCCACGUGUUGGGGUACCGACGUUAGCCAGCUCACUCAUGAUCAGAAGGGGUAGUGUGCAACUUCAACACUUGUGA